AUGUUGAAAGUUCUCGUCCUAUUGGCCCUUGUUGCUCAAGUAGCUGCCAUUAUUGAUGCCACGGGUUUUGGAGCCCCAGCUGACAAUCACAAGACAGGAUUCGGAGGACCGAUUCCAGAAUCCAAUGGCCUUGCCGACGAAUCUCAACCACAACUCCAGCUGGCUGAUGUCAGCCCACAGGACGAGCAACAACAAAAUGUAGCCCAUGUCAAAGAGAUGUUCUCCAACGUCUUCAGUAGCAUCAAGGCUCAACGCGAGCAGGCUAUGGCUGCCAACGCCACUCAACCAACUGACUGA